AUGUCUUAUAUGACCCCUCCGACAGAGAAAGUUCGUUAUUUUAUCCGUCAGCGCAUGAUGUUCAAGUUACAACACGUCGGGAUAAUAGAUUUUCGCGUGCGAACAGUUGAUGGCGCGUUCAUAAUUCCUGUUUUCUUGAAAAGUUUUCUUUUAUUAUGGCAGCCACAAGUUCGUAUUCGAGAAUAUUCCGCCGCGAGUUUGGGAUAUAGGCCCGCCAUGGUUCUCGUAGGAAUAGCCGAUAGGACAAAAAUGUCUUCGAACUUCGACGGCUUGUGUUUAAGUCUUAGUAACAAGGAAAUGCAUAAAGAAAAGUCGACCGUUGUCCGUUAUGGAGGCACUUGGCUUUAA